AUGAUUCUGGAAUCUGAGACUCGUCCGGUCUUUGCUGAAGAGACAAAGCACCAUGUCCACGUCGCUAGAUGGACAGAGCAGUUGCCCGCUACAUCGUACGCGAUCGGCUGGGCACAACCUCCCGUGGUGCCCUCACCAACGCCACUCCAAGUUCUCGCUAUGAACUGGACAGAUGGCCCAGAUCCAAGCGGAUUGGAAAGAAUCGGACCGAUUGCAAGUGUGGUCUCGGAGCCCUAUUCCGCUGUUCGCGAAUUUACAACGGUU